AUCUCAAUUGGUCUUAAAGAUAUCCAUAAUUGUGGAUUAAUUCAUCACGAUUUACAUUGUGGAAAUAUAUUAAGUGAUUUUAAUGUUGAAUUUGCCUAUAUUACUGACUUAGGAUUAUGUCAACCAGCAAAUGUUGAGUCCACUCAAAGUAAUAAUAAAAAAAUAUAUGGAGCAUUACUUUAUUUAGCUCCGGAAAUUUUAAGAGGAAAGGAAUAUACUCAAUCAAGUGAUAUUUAUGGAUUUGGAAUCAUUGCAUAUGAAUUUUGUACAGGAUUUCCUCCUUAUCAUAAUGUAGCUCAUGAUGAAUUCUUAGCAUUGAGAAUUUGUCAUGGCUUGAGACCAAAGUCCAAUUAUAAAAUUCCUCAACUAAUUUUUGACAUAAUUAAUCAAUGUUGGGAUGCAGACCUUUCAAAUCGACCU